UUAAUGAACCCUUGAGCGCCCAUUGGUUGGUUAGAGUAAGGGGCGUGGUUAUGAAGCGGGUUGUUUGUUUUCGGAAGUAGCCGGUUCGGUUUUGACAGGCGGGCGGGCGAGAAAAUAAAAAAGAGCCAGACUGUGGUGGAAGAUGGAGAAUAAGAGAGAGCGGAGAGAGCCUGCGGGAGAAGGAGCCCUGGCCAUGACAGAGCGGGAGGAGAAGGCUGCUGACAGGGGCAGACAGGGCGCUGCAAGAGCUCGCUGGAAAAUGCUCGGGCAGGCGCUAAGAAGGAAGUGUGUGGAUGAAGACAACCUGCAGAACGUUUCCGUAAGAAGAUUUAAUUCCUUCCAACUUUUCUCAAUUACUGAAAUAUCAAAAGAGGAAAAAGAUGGUGACCACACCUGGAUGAAGUAUACAAGUAUCUUAUAUCCCCAGUACAGUGUUUGUAUAAGGCAAAACUGCGGAGCUUUAAAUAUCUCUGACAUUCUGACGAGUUUUGACAACACUGGAAACGUGUGUAUCUGGCCCUCCGAAGAGGUAUUGGCCUACUAUUGUCUCAAACACAAAGACUUGUUCAGGGACCUUGCUGUGUGUGAGCUAGGGGGUGGCAUGACAUGCUUGGCUGGUCUCAUGGUUGCAAUUUCUGCGGAAGCAAAAGAAGUUCUCCUGACGGAUGGUAACGAAAAGGCUGUUACAAAUGUGUCACACAUCCUCAAGAGACGUGAAACUACGGAGGGCUUUAAAGGACGCUUGAUAUCCACUAGCGUUUUACGAUGGGAUAAUGAGACAGAUGUCUCUCAACUGGAAGGACAUUUUGACAUUGUUAUGUGUGCCGACUGCCUGUUUCUGGACCAGUACAGAGCUUGCCUUGUUGAUGCAAUAAAGAGAUUACUCCGGCCCAGUGGGAAAGUGCUGGUAUUUGCUCCACCGAGAGGGAAGACUCUAAACCAGUUUUGCAAUCUAGCAGAAGCGGCCGGCUUUUCUAUCCAAAGAUGCGAAAAUUACGACGAGCACAUCUCCGACUUCCACUCCAAGAUUAAGGAGGAGGAUAGUGGAGCUUAUGACCCAGACAUCCAUUAUCCAAUACUACUCAUCCUCAAGUCAAGAUAGUGAAGUUUCUUCUGUGCAAAACGGAGUUAUGUUUUUUUUUUUUUUUUGUCUUACAACACACAAUAAUGGCAUUUUAUUUAGUUUGCUUUUUUUGUUUGUUUUUGUAUUGCACAUAAAAUAAAGCAUUUGAUGACUUGUUCUAG